CUCUUGCCAGGUUUCCAACUCGAAAUGUUGCAAUUUCGUGGGAUCGCCUUGCUUCUCGGCAUCGCCCUCUAUCUGGGAGGCAAGGUGGAAUCGGGGGAGCUUUACGACUAUUAUUCGUCGGGGGGGAUCGAAUCGGGACUGGAAGAAGACGGGACCGACUUCGCGUUGAACGGGAAAUACAUCCAGUUGGUGUCGGGAUCCCUGCACUAUUUCCGGAUCCAUCCGGAGCACUGGCGGUCGAGUCUGAGGAAGAUGAGAGCCUGCGGUCUGAACGCCGUGACGACGUACAUCCCGUGGAAUCUGCACGAGCCGCGAGAGGACGAGUUCGUCGUGUCGGGGUUCGUCGACUUUCGGGAGUUCCUGAGGGUCGCGGAGGAGGAGGAUCUGUUCGUGAUCGUCAGGCCGGGUCCUUACAUCUGCUCCGAGUGGGAGUUCGGCGGCCUUCCGAGCUAUCUACUGAGGGAUCCUGACAUGGUGGUGAGGACUUCCAACCCCCAGUACCUGGAACGAGUCCGGAAGUACUUCGAAUUCCUGAUCCCCAUCCUGGCCGAGUACCAAUGGAGUCCAGGGAACCCCAGACCGAUCAUCGCAGCUCAGGUGGAGAACGAGUACGGCGUGUUCCCGGAAGCAGACGCGGAGCCCGACACGGCGUAUCUCGUGUACGUGAGGGACCUCAUGGUCGAGAUGGGCCUCGAUCGGGUUCUCUUCUUCACGUCGGACACGCCCACGGAAUUCGAGGACAGGGGGGCCAUUCCUGGGGUGCUGAUGACGGCGAACUUCCGCGGGGCCGCGGAGCAGGAGCUGAGGAAACUGCAAGAGCUUCAGCCGGGGAAGCCAUCUUGGGUCAUGGAACUCUGGGUCGGAUGGUUCGAUCACUGGAUGGGGGGAUUCCAUCACACCGUCCCGAUACAAACCGUUCUGGGCGACAUCGAGACCGUGUUCCACGGCUUCAACGGGAGCGUGAACAUGUACAUGUUCCAAGGAGGGAGCACCCGGGGUUUCAUGAGCGGGGCCAACUCCCUCGACUUCUUCCCUAAUUAUUGGCCUCAAAGUUCUUCUUACGAUUACGACGCGCCCCUGACGGAAGCCGGAGACUACACCGAGAAAUACGACGCGGUGUGCGCGUACAUCCAGGAGAACGCGAUGGGUCCGGACCUCCCUCUCCCUCUCCGGCCUCCGGAGAACCUCAAGGUCCAAUAUCCCGUAGUCGUGCUUCAGGGAUACCUCGGCCUUCAAGACUUCAUCGAUCGAGGCCUGCCGAUGACGGAGUCGGAGACGCUGCUGAGCAUGGAGCACCUGAACGCGAACGGCGGGAGCGGGCAGAGCGUCGGCUUCGUCGUCUACCGGAAGAGGAACCUGAGGGCGGCGAACGGGGUGCUCACGUUCGGGGAGAGGGGGAAGGAUCUGUCGCUGGUCCUCAUGGAUGGCAUCCCGCAGACUCUGCCGCUGAGCAGCAUCGUCGAUACUUACAACACCGGACAGGGAGGGGACGUGGUGAUCGAAGGAGACCCGAACGUGCCGGACGGAGAGCACCGGUUGGACGUCGUCGUCGAGAACACGGGUCGAAUCAACUACGGCAAGGUCGGGGAUUUCAUGGGCUCCAGAAAAGGAAUCUUCGAAGCUCCUCUCCUCUGGGACGGCACGGAGAUCUCCGAUUGGUCCAUCUACUCUCUCGAACUUCUUCCCGAUUGGCUCACGAGGUCCGUCCCUUCCAUCGGUCCGUCUCUCGAACGCCCUCCUGAUAGAUUCAUGCGGUCCGUCGACCGGGCAGCUUCUAAUGAUGGCACUGGAGGAGGAAAGUCCCUCGAUCUCGUGGGGCAGUUAUCGUUCCAGUGCCUUCCCGUAGCUCAACAUUCGGUUGAAGGUCUGGAGGGCUGGGGACCGGAGCGAUGCGCGACGGGACCGUGCUUGGCUCGAGGCACGCUGGAAGUGACCGGGGAACCCAUGGACACCUGGAUUCACCUCUUCCAACAGUCGGAGCAUUGGGUGAAAGGGAACGUGAUCGUGAACGGGUUGAACCUGGGUCGGUUCUGGGACCUCGGACCCACGCAGACCCUCUACGUCCCCGGGCCUCUUCUUCGCACCGGAUCCAACGAGAUCUUCGUGUUCGACCUGUACGACAUCGGGACGGAAGUGAAUUUUUCUGCUCAGCCGAUUCUGGAACAGACUAAACGCAGAUAAAAGCCGUCGACCCGGCUGCGAUUUCGAGAAG